CCGGCGCCGGCCCGCGGUCAGUGCGCGUGCGCGGUGUGUCUCCCCGCUCCUGGCUGAGUGGCCGCUAUUAUCCCUGGAACGGCCUGGGACCCGGGGAUUGUCCGGCCCCGGCCCUGGCCCUGGCCCCGGCCCGGUACCCCCACCUCACCCCGCCGCCUUCUACUCACACCCCUCCUACACCGAGCCGCGACUCCCCUCGGGAUGCAGGAUCUCAAAGGCCAGGUAGCUGGUAAGGAGCCAUUCACGUACGUGACCAGGAGCAACAUGAGACGUUGACGCCUGCUGCUGCGCUUGUAAUUCCAGAGCUAUCUCUGCCAGGCAGCUCAGGCUGAGCACACGAGAAAGCCGUAUCAUCAGUAUCUUUAAAUCUGCAGCCUACAUUGGGCUCAAUGCUUUUCAAAGAUCUAAAACCAGCGGCAAUAAAGCCCCAGAAGUGGACUAAGAUGCGAGAUGAAAUGGUCGCUAGCUUGGGCCUUUCCACCAAACAGGCUCUGACAGUACUGCAUAACCAGCUCUCGGUAAUCCUGGAAGAGCACCAGAAGCAGCAGAUAAAGAAGGGCUCUUGGAAGGAUGUAUGGUUUAAGGGUUUCCUCAACCUCAGUAACCGAUCCUCCAGCUUCCACUGGCCUGGAGCAGCUCUUAUGCUGAUGGCUGCCAUUUUGUUGCUGUGUUGCUUUGGAAGCCAACCAGAUGGAAGCCAGGGUACCGCAGUACUGAAUGCUGCUGUGUUGUUCCUACUACUUUUUCUCAACCUUUAUGUGAUUGGGAGACAAGGAAGACUGAAAAGAGGCGAGGUCAUAGCCAGACUACAAGCAAUCAUCAAUAAACUGAAUGAAGCACUUCUGAGUAGUGAGGAACUGAGAUGGGAAGAUGCAUUAUACCCAGAUCUCUUUAUGCCCUCUGCCCCAUCCUGGUCACUCCACUGGGCCUAUAGAGAUGGACAUUUAGUCAAUCUUCCAGUCUGCUUAUUGGUGGAAGGCGACAUCAUUGCCCUUAGACCUGGCCAGGAGUCCUUCGCUUCUUUAAGAGGAAUAAAGGACGACGAGCACAUAGUACUGGAACCUGGUGAUUUGUUUCCCCCGUUUUCCCCCCCGCCAACACCCAGGGGAAAAGGAAAGAAAGGACCUGAGACUCCUCAGCAGCACAGACACUUCAGAGUAGUGAGAACCCCAGUUCUUGAAAAUGUCAGGCGGAGUCUGGAUCUAGCACUAUCUCGGCCUGUCACUGCACUUGAUAACGAGCGGUACACGGUACAGUCAGUGAUGGAGAAAUACACAGUUCCUUUUGUUCUGGCUUUGUUUCUGAUUACAAAUGCUGUGCGUUUUGCACUCAAAGCACCUGGAAUUGGCAAUUGGCAGUUCACUUUCUUUCAGCUUCAGGUAAAUGGGGUUCUGCCUAUUCUUCCCUUGCUCUUCCCUGUGGUGUGGGUGCUCGUCACAGCAUACGGAGAGGCUAGAGUCCUCGCUCAGUUCAGCAAAGCUCCUCCAGUUGGCCUGCUGGCAAAAUUCUCUGAGGACACCCUGAGCAGCUACACUGAAGUUGUUUCUUCAAAGGAAAUGAUGUUAUGCAUCUGGAGUCACUUUCUGUCUCUGCUGCGAGGAAGGUCCCUUACCCUUUGCUACACUUCCAGUCUGCUUCAGAACCUGGGUUCUGUUACAGUACUUUGCUGUGUGGACAAGCAAGGGAUACUGUCGUGGCCCAAUCCCAGUCCAGAAACAGUUCUGUUUUUCAGUGGACGUGUGGAACCACCCCAUGACAGCCUAGAGGACCUGAAAGAUGAUUUGUCCAUGAGGUCUUUUCUUCAUCCAGAGAUGGAAGAGGAGAAGGAUGAGCCCAGGGAGGCUGAUGCUCUGUUGCCCACCACUGGUCUGGAGUUUGUACACGUCACCAAUGAAAUGGGACAGGACAAAGAAGAGAAGACUGAAAGUACUCCACGUUUGAGGAAACGCAGUGAGAAUCGACGUUGCAAGCACCUGUCAGGUUCCAAUGUCAGCUUCAGCAAAGACACAGAAGGAGGGGAGGAUGAUGUGACACAGGUGAGUGGUAUUGGUGAAGACCUGGGCCUGGAAGCAGAGGAUUACAUCUGUGAUUACCACUUAGAAAUGCUGAGCCUGUCACAAGACCAGCAGAACCCGGCUAGUAUUCAGUUUGAUGACUCAAACUGGCAAUUUCACAUCUCCUCACUGAAACCACUGGGCCUCAAUAUCCUCCUCAACCUGUGCUACUCCACUGUCACUGAGCAGAUGUGCCGCUUCUCCGACCACCUAUCCAAUAUCGCCCUGCAGGAAACAUCCGGUGCAGCCAUGCCCAUUCACAUUCCUUGGGGACUCUGUGAAUUAGCCAGACUCAUAGGCUUUACUCCUGGAGCCAAAGAGCUGUUCAAGCAAGAGAAUCAUCUGACCAUGUACCAACUUCCAACAGCAGAAAUGGUAAAGGAGCCAGUGCCGCAGAGACUGUUGUAUGUAACCAAGAGGCGACCGCCACUCAGUCACAUGAUCAGCCUUUUUGUGAGAGAUACAUUGACCAAUAGUGUACAGAUGCUGUCUCAUGGCACAGCUGACCUCAUCUUGGAGGCCUGCACAGAUUUUUGGGAUGGAACAGAUAUUUAUCCACUCUCUGGUUCUGACAGGAAAAAAGUGCUCGAUUUUUACCAACGUGCCUGUCUGUCUGGCUACUGCUCGGCUUUUGCCUAUAAACCAAUGCACUGCACCCUGUCUUCGGAACUGAAUAGCAAAUGCAUUGAAUUGGUCCAGGUGCCAGGUCAAAAUGCCAUCUUCACUUCCUAUGAUUUACCGGGGACUACGCCCAUUAAACAUGGUAGCAGGCGGAACAGCUGGAGCUCUGAUGAAGGGAUAGUAGAAGUGAUGGAGAAGGAAGACUGCAUCCAAGCUUUGAGUGGACAGAUCUUCAUAGGAAUGGUCUCCUCCCAGUAUCAGGCUCGGUCUGACAUAGUCCGGCUAAUCGAUGGGCUUGUCAAUGCAUGCAUCAGGUUCGUCUACUUCUCCCUGGAAGAUGAGUUAAAAAGCAAGGUGUUUGCAGAGAAGAUGGGUUUAGAAACAGGAUGGAACUGCCAUAUCUCUCUGCUACCAUACAGUGGAGGUCCUGGCUCGGAGAUCCCACAGUCCAGCCCAAGCCACACAGGCUCUCUGCGUGAUGACCUUCCUCAAGAUUCAAAGGAUGAUGCAGAGGGAGCUUUGCUAAUGGAAGAAGAAAGACAUUCUGAUCUCAUUAGCUUCCAACCAACAGACAGUGAUGUGCCCAGCUUUCUGGAAGAUCAUAAUAGGGCUAAACUGCCACGAGGGAUCCAUCAAGUGCGGCCUCAUCUCCAGAAUAUUGAUAAUGUGCCUUUACUGGUCCCUUUGUUCACAGACUGCACUCAAGACACAAUGUGUGAAAUGAUGAAGAUCAUGCAAGAGUACGGGGAGGUGAUCUGCUGCCUGGGCAGCUCUGCCAACUUCAGGAAUAACUGUCUUUUCCUGCAGAGUGACAUUGGUGUUGCACUGGAUCCGCUUUACCCAUCUCGAUGUUCCUGGGAGACCUUUGGCUACGCCACCAGUGCCAAUGUUUCAUUUGAUCCUGAUGAACUUACACCUCUGCAAUUAUCUGGCCUCUUAAAUAGCCUGCCCUGUUCCAUUUCCUUUCACCAGGAGGAGAGUAUCAGCAUCAUCAAACUCAUCGAACAGGCACGGCACACAGCAUAUGGAAUCAGGAAAUGCUUCCUCUUCCUAUUACAAUGUCAGCUUACUUUAGUCCUCGUUCAGUUUUUGGCCUGUCUGGUUCAGCUGCCUCCUCCACUCGGCACCACUGAUGUUCUCUGGCUGUCCUGCUUCUGCUACCCAUUGCUGAGUGCUGCACUGUUGGGGAAGCCGCCAGAUAGUUCGGUGAUGACAGUGGCAACAGGAAAGAACUUUGUAUUCAUUCCAAAAAAGACUCAGCAACACUUUCUAGUGUGCUUCUUCAUCAAAUUCAGCAUCACUAUUUUUGCCUACCUCAUUUGCUUUGGGUUCAUGCUGCAGGAAUUUUGUAAAAAGUCCAAUUCCUUCAACGUUACCAGCUGCACAUCCAUAAUGAACAGUUCUGCAGACGGAGCGCCCAUGUGGUUCGGCAAGUAUUCCAAUGGCUUAUUGCUGGCUCAGAAGGUGAUGACCUGUUUCAUUGUUCUGCACACAGUAUGCAUUUCCAUCAGCCAUGUUCACCGGUCCAAAACACUGUGGAGGAAAAGCCCCUUCAGCAACUUAUGGUGGUGUUUCACUCUUCCUGUAGUGAUAGCAGGCCAAAUUAUCUUAGUCGUGGUGGAUUUAAAACUCUGGAAGAACACGGCCACCUCACUGACCUUUGAUCUACAGGAUAUUCCGUUGAUCUCCUGGCUCAUUGGCUUUCUGUCUGUCAUUCUAGUAAUGUUGGUCAAUGAAGUGGUCAAGUUGCACGAAAUUCGAGUACGAGACCGUUACCAGAAAAGGCAGAAGUUACAGUUUGAAACUAAGCUGGGAAUGAAUUCUCCGUUCUAAUGCUGGGACUCGUGCUAGAGAGCCACGUGAACAACUACAGGAGAACUCCUCAACUGACUUCAGUUAGUUCAGGACGUUCAAUCAGAAGACCCAGAGACCCAGAUUACUACUGCAUGAAGACUUCAGAAGCUGCCAGUCUUGUGUCAAAUGAAGGAUUUUUGCCAGAAACGCUCGGACAGAUGCACAGGCUAUAAAGAUACAAAAUGCAGUGCUUUCGGAAAUGGUACCUGGAAAUGCAUGGCAAAAAGGAAAAGAACAAAAGACUUAUAAAAUUGAUGUACUAUGCUGUAAAGCCUGAUUACCUACCUCCAGUCACUGGAGAGACCAUUACUUUAAUACAUGCAGUCUCUUUUCACUUUGUCUCUCCAUUGAGCUAUGGAGCCCAGGAGUUGCAUUACAGCGACAGCACGAGGAGCUGCUGCUUCAGCGGAAGAUGUAAUGAGUUGUAACUUCACAGGAAAAUUGCAAAAGCUGCCAGUGGUUUUGUCUUUGCUCAUUUGGGGGAUUUGAAGUCCCUUAGCUCCAUACCAGUGUUCACUGAUAUAAUAACCUCACAUUAGAGACCUUUACUAUUGAAAGUGUCUUAUAGAGCAGGAGUGGAAGCUUCAUCCAACAACCAUUUUUAAAUUUCAACUCUCCAUUAGGGCUUCCUACACCAGUCAAGUCAAUGGUCAGUCAGCAGUCAGAAGCCCUGUGCAGGCCUGUGGUUUAUUUGUCUGCUGCUUAGAGAUUAUUUUUAAUGAAAGAUCUCCUUAGGUCAGUAGGAGUCGGGGUCAGAAUUUGCCAUGUCGAGCCAAGCUGUGAAUACCCACCUGGCUGGGAUUGUAAGGUACCAUCUGUGUGCGCUGGACCAGGCUGUCUGUAUUUAGUUUUGGGGGGUGUAUUGUGAACGUCACAUUUCUGUUGUGUGAUUGUUUGCAGGUAGGGGCAAAUUAAGUGUUUUAUGUCGGUGGUUGCCUAUGUUGGUGCUUAUCUGCUGGGAUUGUUCUGAUGGAGGAGCAGUCCUGUGAAGAGAACUGGCUGGCUGCACAGAUUUGCUGGUCACUAGCUAUUGUCAUGCCUGUGUGGCAUCAAACUGAUCAUACUCUAGGCCAAAUCUGCAUGUUCCUGUACUAUCUACUCACCAGUCUCUUAAGUGGAUUACAGAUCCCUGUCACACGCCUUGUUGAAUUAAUUCUGCAACGUUUAAUUUUUAUAUUCAGCCAACGUUGUUUUAUACAUUUUCCACAUCCUGAAUGAAACACACUGGGCCUUAAGACCCUGCAAAGUUAACUAUUUAAAGUCUGUGCUAAACAUGAAACUGCCUUGUUUAUUAGGUUGGGCAGUAUACUUUAAAGGGGAUGUUAACUGUGAGGCUGUGUAUGGGAGGGUCCACAGUGGAACCAUAUUCUGGUUUUGUUUACAGCCCUAGCUUAAAGUAAAAAUAAAUGGAAGACCUAUCUACAUUGGUCAAGAAUCAGAAGCCUACAGUUUUUGAAAUGCAAUUUGCAAUUAAAAAAAUCAUGUUUAAUGUUUAAUAGGCAUCUGGACCAUCCAGCAUUAAAUCACUAAUCCUGCAAAAUAUCGGGCAUCUUGGGUCACUGAGGCUUCAUGAGGUUUCAAGGACUGGUUUACUCCCUCACUGCUAGAGCGUUCCAUCUUCUAAUCAGGCUUUGUUAUAAUAAUGAUCACAUGUCCCUGCUAUUAUUGCCUUUCCCCUCUGACUUCUCUUUACUUCUGUUUUAAUUUUUUCCUGUUUACUGUUUGUAUUUUACAAUUCCAAAGAAAAUCAUGUCAACAGUUGUAUUGAUGUGGGGAGUACAAUGCGAGCGAUGUCACCACAAUGUAUGUGACAAUGUCGUGUGCACUUCAGUAUAUGCAGACUUCAUGGAGAACCGAUGUUACACUCAGUCUCCAUUACCCCCAUAGCUUCUUACACUGUGCCAAGGAAUCAUUUCUUUCAAGGGGGGUAGGAUUUAGCAGUUCGUGACAGGAAAAGCAGCUCAAAUGCAGGAGUUGACGCUAGCAAUCAUAGUGAAUAUGUGGCAUGUGCAUGUCUGAUAUGUAAUCUAGUCAGUGAAUUCCAGUCUGUUUCGGCAGAGAAUGGUGUGUGCUGGUAAAGGCAGUCAAGAUUAAGAGAUGGAAACGUUGACUGACCGCCCAGUAAAUGUUUGUUUGAUAUUGUGCAUUGCUGACAUGCCUGUGGAAGUCUACACUCAAGUAAUUCCACAUAUGCUAAGUCUUACAACACUUUUACAACACUCCUUAAUUCAGUGAUUAAAGCAAUUGUGUUUUCAUUUGGAAAACCACAUUGAAUCUUCACGAGUGCACCUGCACUGUGCCUGAUGGUUGGGGGUUUUGACAUUCGGGUGUGAAGCCCAUGGCAUUCUUUAAUCGUGCAGCAUUUAUGUGACAACUCUGUAACGAUUCAGAUUCAGUAUGUACUUGGUGAUGUUUGCGUUUUAUUUGCAUUCUGAUCAUGCCAUUAACCUUGAAGCCCUGUUUUGUUUUGUUUUUUACCCCUUCUGCUCCUCUAUAUGUUUCAGGGGAUGGGGAGAGGCAGGUCUAACCCCCCCCUGAUUACUCCCACUCAGUUUGUCAUGUGUAAAACAGUAGGACACUGGGGAGUGAACAGAGUCUCCCUUGACAUCAUCUUCCAUUGCAGAGAUGCCUCAACAAGGCAACAGUUGUGUGUGCUGUACCUGAUGGCACAGCAUUGCCAGUACUGAGGUUUCCCUUCAUUUUCAGCCAUUCAUCUUUCAAGGAAAAGGGCUGGUCACAUGGUUUUAAUCAGGUUUGACCCUAAAAUCAUCAGGCUUUUUCUGAAGCUCUUAAAAAACAAAUCAUUCAAGAACUUUUUGAGGUAGUCACUCUGACAGUUUGGUAUUGCCUUGGCAUCAGUGUUUUUAACCAUCAGAAAAGUGGUAAAAGAAUGAGCAACGUCUGCUCAUUAAAUGUACAUGGGUUUGACAGAGGAAUGCACUACCAGCUGUUGUUCCUGUAGGUGAGAACUUGUGCUAUAAAGCCCCAGAAACAUUACCCCAUAUCCUUGUAAAAUCUCACCAAGUCUUUAAUUGCCCUUGGGGAACAUUUUCAGUUAUCACAUGAUAGGGGGCUGGUGGUGGAGAGCAGAGAUGAACUUGACAAGAAAGUGUUGGCUUGUGUGGUAAGAAGGUGAGUCACACAGGCAGAAGAUGAACACUGAGCUUUAGCAAAUUAUUGCACUGCACUUGGCAACAGGUUGCAGUCCUUGUGGGCACUAGGCAGGUCUAUACCCUUCUCAAGUGAGACACAUGUAUCUGCACAGUAGAAGCUGGAAAAUGACAAAGCCAUUUGUUCAGAGUCGGCUUGGCUGAAAGAUGGGAGCUAGCAGCAGUCCCAACAGAGAGAAAUUGUAACCAGAAACAUUAGCAGGCAGGUUGAUGUAUGCCCUUUAAGGAUAAACUAAAUGAAGUGCCUCCCUAGGACAGAUGUCUCCUGCAAAUUGUCUUACAGCAGUUUGUUUCUAAACUAUGCAAUUACAUUAUAGUUGGUGGAGUUGACUGUGUUUAAGAAGCUACCCACCUUGUCACUGCAACAUUGGUACAGACUUUCCAACCUGCAUUUAUAAUGUUUUGAAGCUAGUAUUUGGGAGUUACAUGACCAGCUUGAGAUGAACACCCUCCAUUUCCUCCUGUUUACUGUCUCAUUCUUACACAGCACCUGACUUCUGCCUGUGUAUUUCUACAGUGCCAAGGCUGGAGGAGGCUGCACUUACAAUGGGAAUGAGUAGCAGCCCUUCACACUUCCUUGCUUCCAUGGUUCACACUGGUAUUGCAAUGCACACCAGUAAGUAGAUGGCCUCCCUGGUUCAUAGGGCAGGAAGGAAUUGGAAGAAUGUUUGUAUCACAGCAGGGGUAACAACCGAGAUCAAUCACUGCUUCUGCCCUAUUUCUGAAAGUUACAUCUCACCCACGACAAACACCUUUAACCUUUUUAUGAAAACAAAUUUUGUAAAGUUGUUUCAAAUUUAUUUACAAAGAAAGUGGAAAUUGUACCAUUCCAUCACAACACAAAGGUGGGGAAGGACAUUUGGAUUUUGUGCACUUUCUUUAGAAGAGAGCUGCUGUUUGGUGUAAAGGAGUGUUGAAACAUCUCCCCACCCCAACCACCAGCAAGGGCUUAAAAUAACUGAUUUCAACCAUUAGCUACUGACCAGGUCUGAAGACCAUGGGGUGAUCCAUCCUGGUAAUUCUUCGAGAUUAAAAAAAAUUGUGUUAGACAAUACAUUUGUUGAAACAGUUCUUAUGUCUCUGUCAAAUAUUAUUUCAAUUUGUUAUUGUCACAAUGUUACAUCCCUCUGCUGCCCCAUCCUCUAUUGAAGUCUUUCUUCACCUUUAUCCAAUUUUUUGGUGCUGUUGUUUUACAGAUGAUUGAGAAGUGGCAAUUCUUUACUUAGCAGAUUCCCUGUGCUGUGAUUCCAAGAGAUUCUGGAUACUGAAACUAGGUGUUGGUUCUAAUUUCCACCCCAAGUUUUCUAACGCCCACUGUUAGAUCUGAAUGAAUCAAAAGUGAAUUAGACAUUGGUGCAAUAACGCUGCCCAUUGAUGGGAUGUAAAUGUUGUACAAAGUGCUAGCAACAGCAUGUCACUGAGACAUUGUUUCUAACUUAUUUGUAAAUGGAGUUGUUUGGUUUGAACAACUGAGCUUUCUACGCUGUAAUAAGAAUGCUGAUUCCUCAGCAGCAUGUACCUGGGUUUGUUGCUUUGUGAAAAUAAACUCAAUAAAUUUCUAACUAAUCGUGAAAGCUGGGUACAGAUCAGGGAUAUUAUGUGGCCAACCUGACGACUUUCCAAAAUGUGCCGUACCCAGACCCUUCCCCAUCUCAAUAAUUCCAAGGUUCUUUGAUUCGUUUUCACAGUCAAAUUGAUAAGCUGUAAUUAAGGUGAGAUUUCUUUGUGAUGACCAAUGCACAAUGCAAAACAGCUCUUUCUCUUGUUUAAACAAAACAAGAAUGAGUGUAUGCAAACUCACUUUUCUCCAAAGAUGGUGUUUCCCAUUGGAUUUAGUGAUCUGCAUGCUACCACAUCAAACCCAAUUUGCAAUGGGGUUUCUCACCCAUGUUAAGUUGAACACGCAUCUGCCAAUGAUUGAUUUUCAUUGCCAAAAGUGCCGGCUAUAUCCUGGUGGUGGUAGUGAGGCUUCAAUAUGAUGAUAGUCAGGAGCCCCAUCCUGAUGUGCAGUAAUGCCACGUGCACAAACCUGGUUCUGUGAUAUUUUAUAACUGUACAUUGUGUAAAAUGUUUAGAGAUAUUUAAUAAUGCUAUACUGUUAUUUUUGAAUUUUACUAUGAUCAAAACUUGUAACCUGUAAAAACAAAUUGCAAUGGCAAUAAAUAGUGUCUUUGUA